UGGGGGGAACAUGGCGGGGACCGGGACACCGGGACACCGGGACACCGGGAUACAGGGACAGCGAGGGACCGGGACACAGGGAUACAGGGACACCGGGACAGCGGCACCGGCCCGCGGCCCCUCGGAACCCAUGGGGUGAAGGGCGCACCGUGACCGACCCCGGAGGUUGGACACCGAGCCCUUGCGCUCCCCAGAGCCCCGAGGGGACCCGGGAGGAGCCGGGACAGACCCCCCGGUAGACCCUCGGGGGUCUUGCCAGGCCCUCCCCGCCACACCUUUGUUAUGGGCAGUGUCCCUGAGGGGGUGAGGCUGGGGGUGCUGAGCCCCCCGUGUCCCCCUCAUGUCCCCCCCGUGUCCCCCCCGUGUCCCUCCGUGUCCCCCCCCCCGUUCUCCCUUCCUGCGGGGUGGAGCUGUGAGGCAGGAAGGGCUCGGGGAGCAGCCGUGUUGGGUUUUUUGGGGGUUUUGGGGUUUCGGUCCCCCACCCGUGGCCCCGCUAUAAAAGGUGCCACACGCAGCAGUCAGGCAGGGCCAGUCACCUGCUGUCACCGGCUGCGGGCUCGCCAUGGCUGCCUUCUUCCUGCUGCUGCUGCUGCUGCUGCUGGGAGCAGCCCAGGCCACGGCCCCCGCGCCCUGCCAGGGCGACGCCAGCUCGUGGUGCUGGGACACGGCCACGGUCACGCGCUGUGGCUGGGAGCAGCAGUGCCAGCACCUGCGUGACAGCCUGGCCCUGGGGAACGUGGGUGACGGGGACAGCGUGGCUGAUGGGGACAGCAUGGCUGACACAGCUGAUGGGGACAGCGUGGCUGACACAGCUGAUGGGGACAGCGUGGCUGACACAGCUGACGGGGACAGCAUGGCACAGCGCAAGGUCAUCAAGUGCUUCCUGUGCACCAAGGUCUUGAAGAAGAUACAGAAGCUGGCAGGUGACAACCCUGACGAGUCGGCGGUGGCAGCAGCGCUGCAGAAGGGCUGCCAGGCGCUGGGCAGGGUCGUGGGCAGGGUGUGCCAGAAGCUGGUGAAGAGCUACCAGGAGCAGAUCACCAAGGGGCUGCAGAACGGGGACAUGCCCCGGGACAUCUGCGCUGCCAUGGGCAUCUGCCAGUCCUGAGCACGGCUCAGCCCCGAGUGCCCCCAAACCCUGAUGCCCCUCCAGCCCCGAUGACCCCACAGCCCAGCCAUCCCCCCCCCACAAUAAACUCUCUUCUCUGGCA